AACUGCACGCUGCACGGCGAUUGGCGGCGCCCUACUAAUUUAUCAGUGAACGAAAUGAUGAAAACUUAAACUUAGUGCAGAAUUUUUGCUGCCAUGACUGACGCAAAGAAAGCCCGGAAGGACCGAACGAUACGACAAUUUACUCCUCCAUAUCAAUCUCCGUACAGUGACCGCGACUUCAGUCCGGCAGUCUGGAGUGCCUGCCUUGCCAACAAACCAGGCACCUUUGGGUUGGGCGUGUUAAAAAUGAUAAUGGUUGGCGAUGCUUCUGUGGGAAAAACAGCCCUCAUCCAGCGGUUCUGCCAUGGGUGCUUCCCCCAAAAGUAUAUACUCACAGUGGGCAUCGAAUUCGAAGUGGAAACAUUUUAUAUUCUCGGCGUUCCCUUCAAGCUACACAUAUGGGACACAGCAGGUGAGGAAAAAUUCCGAAGUAUUGCCUCGCCUUACUACAGAGGCGCACAUGUUGUUGUGAUAGUCUUUGACAUGACCAACAUGUACUCGUGGGAAAAUGUGAGCAGUUGGUAUGAAGAGGCUAGGAGGCAAACUGGCGGGCCAGUUCACCUCUUUCUUGUCGGGUCCAAAAAAGAUCUCUGCACCGAGCAACAACUUGUCAAGGCGAACGAGUUGGGUAAAAGAAUGGCCCAACAAAUAGAAGCUGAAUACUGGGCACUCUCCUCAUUGACAGGUGAGGAUGUCAAUGCCUUUUUCUUUCGUGUGGUGUGUGUUGCGUUCAACGCUGCAGUCAGCAGGGAAGUUGAAGCCAGGGAACUGGAGUCGAAGAAAAUAUCGAUGCCCAGCGAACGUAGUCUCAUUAAACUGAAUGAACCUCCAGAUUUUCAGGAAAACCCCCCAAAAGAUCCACGUGCCGCUGCUAGCAAUGUAAAAAUUUAUCAUGUGAGUAUUCCUUUACACCAGUGUUGAAUUUCUCAUUGAUAUUCUGUGGAUCUUUAUAAACUUGAACCGUCCAAAAUUUGCUGAAAUAAUGCCAGCUUUUGCCAGAACUUUAUGAAUUCCAAAUUUGGUAUGGAUACGACCGUAGUGUGUUGAUAUCAGCUUGUACAUAUCUGAUUGCAAAUGCACAAAACCAGACCCAAUGGUCAAAUUAAAUGUGCAUAAAUAAUAAUGAGUUCAUGUUAAACUGUUUAGUACAAGAACUUGCAUGCCAGACAUGGUUUUGUUUGUGCAUGAAUAAAAAGUUGUUCACUUCUGCCACACGAGGUCGCUGUUGAGUACAAAAGCUGCUAGAGUACUCGUACCGUACCCACCGCCCUGGGAGCUGGGAAGGGCUAAUCUCCUUCACACAACUUUCUGAAGGAAGCACAGGCGCGCAAAGCAUUGUGGGGCGCAAACUGCUGCAACCGAUACACGUACAUUCUGUGCGCAUGUGUCAUGGGUGCAGGCUGAAAACUUGACCCAUGUUUAUGUUCAAAACAAAUUCUAUUGAAUGAGGGCUGAAAAGACAUUAUGUCAUACAUGCAGAAGAAAUUAUUAGCCCUUCCCAGCGCCCAGUUCGGUGGUGGACCGCUGGAUACGAGCCAACCAGUAUACUUGAAAAAUACCAGCCAUGUUUUUCAACAUCAUUUGCAGCACUGUUUGAAGGAACAGUGUAUGCAUUUUGUAUUUUGUUUUCCAAUCCUAUACUAACAUUUACCAAAUGCUUUAAUAUUGAAACCGUAUAAAGUUUAAAAUUUACUUUUCAAUACCUAUUUUGUAGCCAACAGAAAAGGGAUUUGAGUUAACUAAGACCAUUUAAAUCUCUGGACAAAUGCCUCAUGUUUUGUGUGCAGUUCGUCUUUAUGUACUACUUACCACCAAAGAUUUUAAUGUUGAUUGUUUUGUUUGUCUUAAAAUUAUAAUUUUUCUAAAAAGUAGUGUGCUCUAUAAUUUGUGCUGAAAUAUUUUUUUAUGGUUUUAAAUUGUUUUUGAUGCAUUAUAAUUUAUGUAAAUUUUAACAAUUGUAUUUCAAAAUAAAUACACCUAAGUUUGGGACCAAUGAAAGGUGCUUGUUCCGAACCAACAAA